AUGCCAUUUAACUCAUAUUGUAUACCAACACAAUUCGGUCUACUUCAAUUUCAAACCAAUCAAUAUAGUUCAAAUGCUUUACCAACUAUGGCUGAUUUACUAAAAGAAAUAGAUGAAAAAAAAAAAACUAAUAAUUUUUAUCAAAAUUUGUUAAAUGAAUUUGAAUUGCAACAAAUUUCAGUAAGACACCUAAGCAAAUUGUCAGACGAAGAAUUUAAACAAUGUGGAGUAAAUACUAUUG